CAAGUGAAUGCCGGUGCCCCACGUACCCUGGUAGUGUUGUAAAGUGAUCAGCUUGUAUCAGGUAAUCGUGUCACACCCGGUGUUUCUGCUUUCUACCUGGAGUGUUCUUGGGCGAGGUGCCAACAAAGCGGGACACCAGACCACCCGACAGUCUCCUGCCGCCUGCUGUUGGUCGGGUAGACAAGCGGGGUGGGUCGUACUCCUACCUGUUCAGGUGUGAGGAAGCGUAGCCACGGUCACAGUCAGACAGUCAACUCACCAUCGAAAUAAAAACUGAAAUAUGAUCAUGGUGUUUGUGUACAGGUGAGGUGUAGCUGUGACAGGGAGAACAGUCUUGUCUACGAAUAUCACAAGGACUAGUCUAGAAAACCAGAAUAAAGACCGUCCAGCUCUUGGUCAGGAUUUGUUUAUUUAUAUUUGUGACGAGGCCUGAUGUGAACAUUCUGGUUGUGUGACAAAAAAGACGAAAUUCCUGUCGAGUUCCUACAGGGAAUCAAAUGUCUGGUGUUAAUUAAUGUCAAGCUCGUGUCCGGACAUACCUACACUUGGCACCAGCACCCAGUGGAGGUUCGUUAAGUGAAAGUUGCAGGUGAACUGGCUUGUAUAGGCUGUCACGUGACGCAUCGUCUGUAAAUUAUACGACCAGCCAGACUUUCACGUGUAGACUUUAAAUUCUUGCUGGGGAACAACUACCCGAUGACCAGACUACUUUGUGAGACCAAGGACAGGACAUGAGUGUUAACGACAGGAGCAAACAUCGUCUGGAUUCUACACACCUGGCAUUGACAGUUUGCACCUGACAGGUGAACAACCUGCUAACUGUCAUCUUGGAUUAGCUUGCUGUUUAGGAGAUGAGGGGCAACUGUGUCGCCAGUCUCAUGUCCUGACAACUAAAUCUCAAAUGUCACAACAACUCACGAGUCUCAUGUCCUGACAACCACGUGGUGGGGUCAAGGGGCACUGUCCUACUCACCUGUGACGUAAACCAAAAGAUGGAGACGUUUCUUCGGCGUGCCUACCUGCAGGACGGGGCUCCUUGCGACCCUCGGCAGUAUCCGGUGUGGGAUUACAGGUCAAGACGAAGCAGUUUUUCAACUUCAUGCACCUCCACUGAUAACAGUUCUCUGUCCACCUCGCCCUCGAGGAUGGACGUAGAGAUGACCGAGGGGGAUUCGAUCCUGUCCAGUUCUGAUGUCGACUCUCUGGUUCUCCGCGAUCCUUCCCGGUUGAUGCUGGAGCUGAUGGUCGACCUCCACGAGAUUCAUCCUCUGCUGGAACUCUACGAACCCCUCAUCUUCUGGGUGGACCCAGACUUGCACCUCUUUCGUGUGAGUGAGCAUGAUGGGAAUGGACCAGUAAGUUCCAGAUUGACCUUUCCAAAGUCUAUUCUGCGAAACGGACAAAGCAGGGAGGGACAGUCCGAACUGUUGAGUGUGUAUCGAACUCGACAAUCAACGAACUGCAGGAGAAACAGUUUGUCGAACCUUGACCCUAGAACGGGUUGUCUAGGGUGUCGAGAUGGACACCGAGUGGACUCGAUCCGCUCCAAUGGACAGCUGACCAAUCCCGAUGCCAGAGAGUUGCCGGCGGUGUCUGUGGUGGUGUUCCUUCACGAAGAGGAAAUAAAACCGGGUGGUCGGGUGGAUAGUGCCAGGAAACAUCUGUCUCAAUCUGCUUGGAAGUUCCAUCACUGCGAGCAGACAUCGAGAAAAAGUUUAAAUCUGAACUCACAAGCGUUUGACUAUUACUUCAUCUCAGAGGACCUCCCUUUCCUGGCCGUUCGCCAGGUGCAUUAUGGGAAAGAACACGUGCGUGUGUUGGUGAACACGAACUUCGACACCUGGGCGGACAUGGUUAAUUUUUAUCAACUUUUGCUCGGCUUCAGACCCGACCUUGUCCGAGAGGACUUCUGCUUGUUCACUGUUCACUCGCAGAUCAACUUCGAUCUUCAGUUCGCCCUCAAGCGCCUUGACCCCGGAAGCACUUUCACCCGAGUGAUCCCCAUGCAGUCGUCGAGACUUCAGUUCAAGGUUGCCGACCUGGGUCAUCUCGUCCCGCUGUUGCCCAACGUUUGUCGUCCUGUCUCGGACACACGCUGGCUGACCACCGACCACGACGGAAACGAGGUCAUUCUUGACGUCACGGAUCACGGCCUCGCGAGCAGCACGUCAUCACUCAGCGACCGAGCGUCGUCGGAAUCGUGCACCAGCACGUGCAGCUCUGACGUCAGCUUCGACAGCCACGACUCCGGGGUGAGUCGAGGAGGGUCCUGCAGCUCCGGCAGUCGACAACAGGCGCCAACCGUCAAGCGACGACGAUGGGAGGGGGACACCUCGGACCGAGGGAGAAGGAGGGUGACGUUUUGUUUUGACGACACCACCCCUCCUGUCAGCACCACCUUCUCACCUGCGACAUCACCUGCCACGGAACACUACCUCCCUCUAGCGGCCAAGCCAGAUACCUCACCGGAAGUGCGGUUCACCUUAAAGUUCGACACGUGCCCGACAGCGCCUGGCGAUAGAAACAGCAAACGCACAGAACAAAUUGGUUUCUACGUCUAGAACCUUCUCGAGUGAUAAUUAGGCUAAUCUUAUUUCAGGAUCUUUUUCUCCUUCUCCAUAUAAAAAUUCAAUAAUCCAGGGAAUCCAUGUUGACAAGGAUGCAGGUCAAUUUUUUUUAAAGUUUUGGGUGGAGGGACUCUUUGUGGGGGUCAGUGGCUAGACAUUCAAUAGCGAACAGGAGCUAAUGAGUAGGGUUCAUAGCAAAGUCACUUAAAUUUUUUAUUCUCGAUAAAUAAGCAAGUCUGUUAUAUGCUAAUGUCUUGCUAUCUUUUUCUUGUUUAUUUAUCUUAUCUUAUUUUUUAAUUUUUUGUUAGUAAUCAAUAAAUGUAGGUCUCAUUACCAGACUGGUUGAAGCAAUUAGGAUGUGCAGCAUCGUUUAGUCUCAAAAUCACCUUUUGUUCAUGUGCACCCUGGGAAAUGUGCAGACAGGAAAUGAUGCUGUGGUUGAUUAGAUUGUACAUACUUGUUAUUUAUGAAAACAUCAUCUUUCAUUUGUUUCUGAAAGUGAUUUUGUUUAGAAGAAGUUAAACAGUUAAAGAUCUACCUAGUCUCUGUUUGGUGCAACCUGGACAUAUGACAAACCUGGAAACACUGAAAAACUGGACAUCUUGAAAACCAUGAACACUAACAAACCUUGCCACCUUGACAAGCAGGAACACCAUGACAAACCAGUUUUCUUGUGUUUGCCUAGAGUACCUACCUGCAGCAGAAUUUCUGCAGGUAACACUGGGGGUAGGUUGUCCACCAACAGUCAUUGUAGAGUACAUCUCUCAAGCUGUUCCACAGACGCUCCCUUUCAGCACCAUUUAGCAUUUCUUGUACUUCUCCAGGAAGUUUCCAACGGUUGUACCAAAUCUUUGACACCUGUAAGGCUAGUUUGUGAGAAUUUCUCUCUGGUAUCUGUGGUAUCAAAUUCUGACCAGACCUGAGACACUAAUAUUUGUGUUACAGGAAAAAAUAAUUUUAUUGGUGUUUGUGAGUCCACUCGAGGGACAUUUUAGAGUAUGAUGUAUUUGUAUGUCUGUAAGGGUGUAUGAAAUUGAAUGUAAGCAUGCAUGUGUGUGUAUAUAUAUGUAAGAGUGUAUGUUCAUAUGUACUUGUAUUUAUGCACACAUGCAGGUAUUUUUAGAGAUAAUCAAGCAUGUAUGGAUGUAAACAUGUCUUUGGUUGUAUGUAUGCAUUCAAUUGUAUGUAAUCAUGCAUCUGUGUAUGUAAGUAAGGAUGUAUGUAUGAUUGUGUGAUUUCACAAGAAGAAAUUUACUCCUUAACCAGUCAGAUGUCUUUUAUAGCUGAUCUGCUGUUUUCUUUGAAUUUUUUUUUUCAAUUUUGACAUUUUUCUCAUUCAUAUAAGUGUAAAAAAAUAUGAGACAAAGUUUGUGCUUGUACUUGUGUGUAAAAGUACAGCUUUUUCUACAUUUUGUAUGUGCUCUGCAAUUUGAAAAAGAUUUUAUUGUUCCUAUUGGUAAAAUUACUUGGCAAGAUAUGGAUUAUUAACAUUAACCUCAAAAAACUAAACAGAGAUUUAUCAAUAAAACUUUGAUUCAAUAAUAAAGUAAGUUUUUUUUUUGCUGAACUAACUCACAUUUAAGCUGUAAUUCUUUUCACCAGUUACUUUUUUUAAAAGAUAGAAGUCGCUGUUACUCUAGGUAACUCGUCUUUCUGUUUCUGUUGUAUGCUUCUCUCCCUUGAAUCAGGCUCAUGGGAAAGCUCACUGACACCUUUGCAGGACAGUGCAACUCAUUCACU